AUCUCCGGUGAUGAAGCACGGCCUUCGGCUGGAGGCAUUUAAGACGAGGAACACACAGUCCCCGCCACAGCUGCAGGACCGAGGCAGACCUUGACAGGCUCAGGAAGGACAGAAGCCACCCUUGAGAGCAGAGGCACUAGCAGCAGCAGCAGCAGCAACAGCACCGCUACCAGCCGCCAGGAAACCAUGCUCCUAGCAACGUUUAAGCUGUGUGCUGGGAGCUCUUACAGACAUGUGCGCAACAUGAAGGGUCUGAGGCACCAAGCUGUGCUGGCCAUUGGCCAGGAGCUGAACCGGAGGGCACUGGGGGGCCCUACCCCUAGUGCAUGGAUUAACCAGGUCCGGCGCCGGAGCUCUCUGCUUGGUUCUCGGCUCGAAGACACUCUCUACAGCGACCAGGAACUGGCCUAUAUCCAGCAGGGAGAGGAGGCGAUGCAGAAGGCCCUGGGUAUCCUCAGCAGCCAGGAUGGCUGGAAGAAGGAGAACGAGCAGGUCAAUGGGGACAAAGUGCUGAGUAAAGUGGUCCCAGACGUGGGCAAGGUAUUCCGGCUGGAGGUGGUGCUGGACCAGCCCAUGGAGAGGCUUUAUGAAGAGCUUGUGGAACGUAUGGAGGCAAUGGGAGAGUGGAACCCGAAUGUCAAGGAGAUCAAGGUCUUGCAGAAGAUUGGAAAAGACACAGUGAUCACCCAUGAGCUGGCUGCAGAAUCAGCAGGAAACCUUGUGGGGCCCCGUGACUUUGUGAGUGUGCGCUGUGCCAAGCGCCGAGGCUCCACCUGUGUGUUGGCUGGCAUGGCUACACAUUUCGGGGAGGUGCCAGAGCAGAAAGGUGUCAUCAGAGCUGAGCACGGUCCCACUUGCAUGGUGCUCCAUCCUCUGGCUGGAAGUCCUUCAAAGACCAAACUGACUUGGCUGCUCAGCAUUGACCUCAAGGGAUGGCUGCCAAAGACUAUCAUCAACCAGGUCCUAUCACAGACCCAGGUGGACUUUGCCAACCAUCUGCGCAAGCGCCUGGAUUCCAGCUCUGCCCCUGAAGCCAGCUGUUAAAGGCCAGCCUGCUGCUCCCACCUGUUCUGGCUGCAUUGGCUUGCAUGCUCAUCAGGACAAUCCCUCCCAGAAGCCUGCAAGUCUGUCUGAGAUCAUCUGGGGACAGUGGGAUGGGUUGGCAGUGUACUUAGUUUAAUACUAGGCCUCAGAUUGGUAAAAUUUUAGUACCAAGUGAUUAGGGAAGAGGCUCUUAAAGAAAGCCUUCUAACUUCAUUCACUGAUUAGCUGUAAAAUGAAGGUUAAGGGUCCCAAAAUAUUUUUAAAACUUUUCUCUGGGACCUUACUUAUCUACUUAAAAACAUCUUAAAAUGCUACUAGCUGAGAGAGGGUGCAGAGGGUGCUAAAUACACGGAUGGGGACCUCACACCGUAUGGGCUCUAGAGCGCCAUUCCCUGCAGGCAGUGUGUGGACAUAGCAGGGUCUUACAGUAAGAGGGGCUCCAACCAUGCUCUGCUCAAGCAAGCAGGGAGCUACACCCAAGCACAGGCAACUCCCCAUAGCAGGUGCCUUCCAAACCUAGUCCGUUUUCUUGAUGAAAAAAUACAAAAUGAUUAGACUGGUUCCCUUACUUGUCCCAUGAGCACCAGUCAGAAUAAAGAAUCAUAACUAAUACAAAAGCUUCAGUCUGUACCUGUUUUAAAAUUCUACUCUUAAGAAAUCUGAGUUAAUUGCAACUUCAUACUAAAGGAGUCCUGGCCCAAAAUUUUAAAUUGAAUCCCUUAGCUCAUUAACAGGAAAAACUACUGGGGACCUAUGUCAUUCAAUUAUUUAGAAUCUGUCACCAAAACCUUUCAUAAAAAUUUAAUUUCCACGAUAAGCACAAGCCUAAAUCAGCUCUUAACUCUAUAAUUGAUAGCUGAUUAAAGGGCACUGGAAGAUGAAGAUUGAGGAUUUUUAUUUACCUAAUUAAAAGAAGGGAUAGUGCCAAAUAUGAGUGAAUGAAUGAUAAAGGAUAAAGUUGAAAAUAAAUUUUAUUAUUUUCCCAUUAGUGAUUGUUUAGACCUAAAAUGGUAACUGCAUCUUUAGAUCAGAGUCUAUCAGCUCUCAGCCUGGCUCAGGGCUGCCAAUUCCUCUGCUUUCAUAGGUCAAUAUUUUACUAUUUUGAGAGAAGAUGGCUGGAAGAAGGGGUAAUAUGGUGACAGUGAAUUUCCUUUCUGAGGUUCAAAGAAUUUAUGCUUUUAAAACAUAAAUCAGGAUGGCAUUAUUUUGCUAAAAUGUAUCCAUAAGAUGAAAAACCAACCACUACCACUUGAAGCUUUUCCAUUCUAGUGCUAAUAGCAUUGAUGAUUUAUACCAUUUGGAAAUAGAGCUUUACCUUAUUUAUUAAACAAAUUAGCAGUAGUAGGAAUGCUGGUAUUUAUUGAGAUAUCGAAAUUUUACAACUGAUAGAGAUAUUUAUUAUUAUUUAUUCAGAUUGUUUCUUACAGUACUCUAUUUUUGGCAAAGAUAAAAUUAUUGCUUAUCUAUCAAGGAGCUUCAGAGUGAGAAGGGAUAUUUGUAGAAAUAUUUCUAGAACAGAAUUAUUAUCUACUCCCAGCUAUGAAAAAAUGGUUACUUGUUUAAAGAUGUGUAAAGCAAUAUAUAUUCUGGUUUUAAAAGAGAACAGGGUGAUAGUAAAGAAAUGGGCUUUCAACACACACCACCGUUUUGAGCUCAAUUGUAAUUUGCCUUCUUUAAACUAUGCAACUGUGUCUUUGAGAUGACUGGGGAGAUAUUCUCCCACUUGUUUCAUUUUACAAUGGAAUAAAAUAAGUUGUGAUGA